CGUCUCUCCUUUAUUUUGUAGUUCUCUAUCUGAUUCUUGUUUCAUGUUCCUAAGCAGGACUUAAUUCACAAUUUUUAUUAUUUUUUAUUUUUCCUUUUACAACUACAUCCUAGGAUGGAGAACCUGCAAUUUACAGGGAAGGAUCCAGCUGGAGAGCCUUUACGCAUCGCACACCUUGGAACGUCGUUGUAGAUUUCAGUAUAGACAAAGAAAAAAAACAAUCAUGGAGUAUUAGUGUAGCUGCACUCUGCGUGUGGACUGUAUCAUGAAGUACGGACCGGUGGUUCUAACUGCUGGGCUCACAGGGUUGCUCAGUUUUGGUCUCCUCGCUGUGGCAAUUGGGACUGAUUACUGGUACAUAAUUGAUGUGAAUAAACCCAACUAUACAGGUCCAGAUGACCUGAGUUCACACUCUGGACUGUGGACAAUUAAUGAAGGAGCAAGCAGGAGUUCAGUGAUCCCCUCUUUCACAGCAAAUAUGUCCAGCCUGUCAGAGGCAGAGAGGCACAUUCUUGGCUUGCACAAAGUGGUGGUCAUCUUGUUGCCCAUGAGCCUGGUCCUGCUGGUGCUCGGCUGGAUCUUUGGACUUGUCAGUUCUCUGGCCUGCAGUCCCAAGCUGCUGGCUGCAUCAGCAUGCUACUUCCUCCUCUGCAGUAUUUUCACCCUGUCAGGAGUCAGCAUCUACAUCAAAUACUCAAAUCAGGCCAUGGAGGAAUUCCAGCGGCUCGUGUCCCCGGAGAGUCUCGUCUAUGUGGAUGUGUCGUUCGGCUGGUCCUUAGCCACCGCCUGGCUCUCCUACAGCCUGGAGGUGGCGACUGGCUUGCUGCUCAUGCUGGCUGCCAGAAUCACUCAAAUGAAGGGGCAUUACGACUCUGGUGUAGCCAUCGCCAUGUUAUAGACUGAUAUAUUCAUGGUGCCUGGGUAAAACUAAAAGGUCACAUUUUGUGGGUUUUUUUUGUUGUUGUUGUUGCAGUUAUCACUUAUUUAUUUAUGGUGCUGGGGGAAAAAAAAAAAACAGAUGAGAAGAGUUCAAGCUGAACAAGGGCCAUGACAACAAAAGGUACUGCAAGCUGGGUUUACAACCACAGAUACAGAAAAACUAAAUAAUUUAUGCUGGUGAACAUUUAUUUCUUUUCACUGCUGCCUUUCAUUCUCUCAGUGUCAUUUUCUGUCCAUUGUCCCAUAAAUGUUGCCACACAAACAGAAAAACGCUGACUGGGCUUGACUUGAUAACCAAACCAUGUAGAUGCAAAUGCCUUGAGAUGUGAGACGCUGGUGGAUUCCUAGACCUUUGCUGCAUGUCAUUCCUCUGCUCUUUUCCCCCACAUUUCCUGUGCUGCUCCACGCCUAUCAAACAAGGGCAUUAAAUGUUCUUAGUCACAGAGUAAUUACUGCUAAGAUUAAAAGUAGCUGUUUUGCCUUUGAAUGUAUCCUGUAUGUAAUACAGUAUGCUUUAGCCUUGAUGCCAGAAUCCAGCCAAUAUAUACAUUUAAUUAUUGUACUACAUUAACUGUUUUGUAUUUUUUAUUUUUUUUUUAGUGUAUCGUGAUUUUUUUUUGUGUGUGUGUGUGAACAGUUGUUUCAUCUGUGUCUGCCUCGCAAAAUAAACGCAGGCAAAAUGAGCAGUUACUGUAAGUUGUACAGGUUAAUUUCCUUUUUGAUGCAUGCUCUGUAAGACUUUUUGAAUUAAAUAUACUCCAAUAUCUCCUGUGCACCCAUUUGUUAUACUGUAUUCAAAUACGGUUUGCAUCAGUGAUAUCGAGUAUUUCAUUCAAGUGAAAAUGUUGCUGAUUUUGCAGGAGGAACCCACCGAGCAAUGAAGCCACCAAGGAGAGUAGACUAGAUAGCACACAGUAAGACGUAGUACAGUUUCUAUUAUAUUGUAAUAGAACAGCUGCUACUUUGCUGCUCUGUGUGCCAGGAAAUUAGCAUUUCACUGCUUUUGAAAAGCACUUAGUCUGUGUAGAAGUUGAGAGACUGUUAGCUGCUGAGUAUUUGACUUCUAGAGCAACAUCUAAAACGCUAUCCUGUGCCUCUUGCUUACACAUUUCUUUACCCAACCUAACAGUAAAUGAGUUAAUCAUGAAAAUAGGGCUGACGUUAAAUACACUCAUGGGGAUGCUGGUAUUUGUUUUCAGCAGUACAGAACGGGUGCAUGUGUUACUGUCUACUUUAUUGUAAAACUCUGUGUUCUGGAAAUGUGACUUGUUCUCUGCAUG